CGACGUCCCCUCGCAGUCUUCGUUCGAGUGUGCUCCGUUUCGCAAGUCUUUCGCGCCGCGAUUAUCGCCAUCAAACAAAAACAGGAAACCAACCCAUUUCAGUAGUGUGCCGGGCUUUGCCUUCGCGUUUUACACCGUAACAAGUGAUCCAUAGUCGAUUUCCGCUACGUUACUUUUGAGCCUACACCAUUUUCUCCAAAUUUGUGCAAUUUAUCACCCGCAACUAUUGCAGAAUGGCUGAACCAAAAGCCGAUAUCGCCCUCAUCGGUCUGGCCGUCAUGGGUCAAAAUCUGAUCCUCAACAUGGACUCGAAGGGCUUCGUAGUGUGCGCUUACAACCGAACCGUAGACAAGGUCAAACAUUUCCUCGACAAUGAAGCUAAAGGCACAAAAAUUAUCGGAGCCACGUCCCUGCAAGAUAUGGUCAACAAACUGAAGACGCCCCGAAAGAUUAUGCUGCUGGUUAAAGCUGGCAGUGCGGUCGAUGAUUUUAUCAACCAGUUGCUUCCGUUGAUCGAGAAGGGCGACGUCAUCAUCGAUGGAGGCAACUCCGAACAUCAGGACUCGGCUCGUCGGUACGAGGAAUUGAAGGCUAAGGGUAUUUUGUACGUCGGUUCCGGAGUCAGCGGUGGAGAAGAAGGAGCUCGGUAUGGUCCCUCGCUGAUGCCCGGUGGCCAUCCGGACGCGUGGCCUCUGAUUAAGGACAUCUUCCAGGCUAUUUGCGCCAAGUCCAACGGCGAUCCAUGUUGCGAAUGGGUCGGUGAAGGCGGUGCUGGUCACUUUGUUAAGAUGGUCCACAACGGUAUCGAGUACGGUGAUAUGCAGCUGAUUUGUGAAGCCUACCACUUGAUGUUGGCUCUUGGCAUGACCCAAAAGGAAAUGGCCCAGGAGUUUGACGAGUGGAAUAAGGGAGUGCUGGAUUCGUUCCUUAUUGAGAUCACGCGUGAUAUUUUGAACUACAAGGACGAGGAAGGGUAUCUGCUGGAGCGCAUUCGGGACACCGCUGGACAAAAGGGAACCGGAAAAUGGACAGCGAUCGCCGCUCUACAUCAUGGUGUUCCGGUGACUUUGAUCGGUGAAGCCGUAUUUGCCCGUUGCUUAUCCGCUCUGAAGGAAGAACGUUCCAAGGCUAGCAAGCAGCUUUCCGGUCCGAAGGUCAAGGCUUCCGUUGCAGAUCGCAAAGCGUUCCUGAUUCACAUCCGCAAUGCUCUGUACUGUGCCAAGAUUGUUUCCUACGCCCAAGGAUUCAUGCUGCUCCGUGAGGCCGCCAACGAGUACAAGUGGAAUCUGAACUACGGAGGAAUCGCUCUGAUGUGGCGAGGAGGUUGCAUCAUUCGUAGCGUUUUCCUCGGCAACAUCCGAGAUGCGUUCGUGCGCAAUCCACAGCUGUCCAAUCUACUGUUGAACGAUUUCUUCAAAGAUGCCAUCGUAUCGAAUCAGCAGUCGUGGCGCGAGGUUGUCAGCCAUGCCGUUCUGUGGGGAGUUCCAGUACCGGCUAUGUCAGCCGCUUUGGCUUUCUACGACGGAUACCGUUCGGAGCGUUUGCCAGCCAACUUGCUCCAGGCCCAACGUGAUUACUUUGGUGCGCACACCUACGAACUGCUGGGCAAGGAGGGCAAAUUCGUGCACACCAACUGGACCGGAAAGGGAGGAAACGUCUCGGCUAGUACCUAUCUGGCAUAAAUGCUCAACAGCAACGUUUAGCUGCAACUACCAGUGAAUAUCCUAACACUCCCUACCUUUGGACCUUUUUAGAUUCCAUGUAAAGGUACACCUUGUCCACGUAAAAAAAACAUUAUUUAUUGUUGCUCAUUCGAUAAGAUUUCGGAAAAAAGUGUUUGUUUUUGUAUAAAAUGAUUGUUUAAUGUCAAA